AUGGUCAACAUUUUCCUCCUCGCCCUUGCGGGAAGCGUACCGUUCGUCGGGGCUGCCGUCACCAUCGACCUCAAUCGCGUCCAGGGCAGAACAGGCUCGUACCUCAAAGGGCUCCCUUCUGCUGACCGCUCGCGCGCCAUCUUCCUGAAAAACAAAGGUUACUGUGACUCUGGUAGCACUGUCCACGCGACUCAGCUCGACUAUGUGGAAUAUACAAUCACCAUCGGGGUUGGCUCGCCGUCAACGGAGUACAACGUCGGCUUAGACUCGGGUAGCUCCAACACGUUCGUUGGGACUGGAAUACCGUAUGUUCGCACCAACACUAGCAUCCCUACCGGAGAACAGGUCAAUGUAACAUACGGAACUGGUUUCUUCACGGGUGACGAAUACCUUGACCAAGUUACAAUUGCACCCGGGAUCGUGAUCGCAAACCAGUCCAUCGGCGACGCCCUGCAAUCAUCCGGCUUUGAGGGUACAGAUGGGCUGAUUGGUGUCGGUCCUAAAAGCAACACAAAUGAUACGCUGUUCCCAAACACGACGGAGCUUAUCCCAACAGUUAUGGACAAUGCCCUGCAGCAAGGCCUCAUUGACACCGAAGUCCUCGGAAUUUACUUUGCUCCGGCAACGAAUGAGAGCGACAAUAAUGGAGCCAUGACACUCGGCGGUGUCGAUUCAGAAUAUUACUUGGGAAAGGUCAUGUACACUCCUGUCACGGAUACAUUCCCAUCAAACCUAUACUGGGGUAUCAACAUCACCGGAGCGACCUACGGCUUUGAGACCAUCAUACCUAGCUCCUCUGCGGGCAUCGUCGACACGGGAACAACGCUGGUUUACCUCGCAAAUGAGUGGUUCGACAGUUAUCUAGCCGCGAUACCAGGCAGCUAUUUCGAUGCCAAUAACACCGGCCUCAUCGUGAUCCCGGAGUCGUCCGUCGAUACCCUUCUCCCUCUGGAGUUCGAGAUCGGCGGCGUUGUCUACACGCUGACCGCCACCGCGCAGCUUCUGCCGAAAGACCAGAAUACUGCCUGGGGCGGUGAGGAAGACUUGCGGUACGGCUACAUCGGGCCUAUAGGCUACGUAAGUGGCACUGGAAUGGACUUCAUUCUGGGCAUGAAGUUCCUGCAGCGCUAUUAUUCGGUGUUCGAUACGACAAAUAACCGAGUCGGAUUUGCAUACACUGCUAAUACAUUCAGUUUAUUGUGA